AUGGUAGCUCUGGGCCACAGCCAGAAGCUGCCUUUCUCCGCCUCCUCAGCCAGUUCUUUGAUGGCUUUCCGAUGCCCCCCUCCUGUGCAUCCCAUGUCACGGAGUAGGCGAACAGUUGAGGAGUCGACAAAUCCCCGACACCCCACGUCGACAGGGCACGUAAUGGCCUCCCAGCCUGCCUCCCUGAACUCCGCCACCAGACCUGCAUACUUGGACCGCUUCCGCUCGUUGGCAGCCUCUAUACCCUCCUCCCACGGGACAGUGAGCUCCACCAGCAGGACCGUCUGCGAGCCUCUGACCACACGACUAGGUCCGGCCGGAGCGAUGUUUCAACAAUCUCCCUGGGGAACUGCAGCUGUUUCCCCAGGUCGGCCCUCAUGGUCCACUCACUUCCGGCACAAGAUCGUGUCGCCACCUGUAUCGGCCUUGGGACUACGCUGUCCUGCAUCCCGACAGGAUGUGCUGGAGGCUAACAUUGAUCUUGUUGCACAGGGGACAGGUUUGUUCUGCAAAGAACAAUUGGUGGAGGUUUCGGGGACAAGGCGUUCCUGCUCAGUCUUUGCCACUCCUGCCACCACCAUGGCUUUCCGCCUCUCCUUGGAUGCCUUCGACCAGAACAAGGGGGUCUCGCCCUUCCCGAGGCCUGUUCGAUUCUCCUGGAAUCUGCUGACUACCUCAAGCUGGUCAGUGGAUUCCCUCAGCUCCAGCACCAUCCGGGCCUUCUCCUGCUUGUAUCGCAAGCUGAUGGAUCGAAGUGGCAGUUGCAGCGUGUUCCUGCCAAAAAGGCCUACAUCUGAGAGGCAUCUCGGCAGCCCCAGCCACUUCCUGAUGAACAAGUUUGCAAACCCGUCUAUCUUGCUUGCCACUGAGGAGGGGAUGUCGCUCAUCUUCAGAGGCCACAUCACCCUUGGGUACAGUAUGAACAGGCUGAGACUCAGUGAAGCCGGGGAGCAGAGACUCAGUGAAGCUGGACAGCAGAGACUCGGUGAAGCUGGGCAGCAGGGACUCGUCUUCAUCUUACUGUCAUCAGAAAAAGAUCUGGAUGUGUUUGACCUUAAGAAAUACUCUGCUUCAGAGGAGGCUCUUCUGAGGCUGCUGCCAGUGGUCAAAGCCUCCAACAAAGCUCUGUUGAGUGACUGUAACCUCUCAGAGAGAAGCUGUGCAGCUCUGUCCUCAGUUCUCAGCUCCCAGUCCUCUAGUCUGAGAGAUCUGGACCUGAGUAACAACAACCUGCAGGAUUCAGGAGUGAAGCAGCUUUCUGCUGGACUGGAGAGUCCACACUGUGGACUGGAAACUCUCAGUCUGUCAGGAUGUCUGAUCACAGAGGAAGGCUGUGCUUCUCUGGCCUCAGCUCUGCGCUCCAACCCCUCCCAUCUGAGAGAGCUGGACCUGAGCUACAAUCAUCCAGGAGACUCAGGAGAGAAGCUUCUGUCUGCUGGACUGGAGGAUCCACACUGGAGACUGGACACUCUCAGGAUGGACCAUGGUGGACUGCAGAGACUGAAACCUGGUCUGAGGAAGUAUGCCUGUGAACUGGAACUGGAUCCAAACACAAUGAACACAAACCUCAAACUGUCUGAUAACAACAGGAAGGUGACACGUGUGAAGGAGGAUCAGUCAUAUCCUGAUCAUCCAGACAGAUUUGACUACUGGCCUCAGCUGCUGUGUAGAAAUGUUCUGACUGGUCGAUGUUACUGGGAGGUCGAGUGGAGAGGAAGAGUUAAUAUAUCAGUGAGUUACAGAAGAAUCAGAAGGAAAGGAUACAGUGAAGACUGUAGGUUUGGAUGGAACGAUCAGUCCUGGAGUCUGUUCUGCUCUGAUGGUGGUUACUCUGUCUGGUACAAUAAAAGUGAAACACCCAUCUCCUCCUCCUCCUCCCCCUCCUCCUCCUCCUCCUCCUCCUCCUCCUCCUCCUCCUCCUCCUCUUUCUCUAACAGAGUAGCAGUGUAUGUGGACUGCCCUGCUGGCACUCUGUCCUUCUACAGAGUCUCCUCUGACACACUGAUCCACCUCCACACCUUCAACACCACAUUCACUCAACCUCUGUGUGCUGGGUUUAGAGUCUGGUCUGGUUCCUCAGUGUCUCUGUAGGAGGAGCAGUGAGGAGCAGUGAGGAGUAAAGAGGAGUAAAGAGGAGCAGUGAGGAGCAGAGAGGAGCAGAGAGGAGCAGAGAGGAGCAGAGAGGAGCAGAGAGGAGCAGAGAGGAGUAGAG